AUGAAAGAUUCAAUCAAAGAAGUUGCUCUGAAGGCCUGCCAGUUCUGGUGUGCCUAUUGUGAUGACAGCAGGCCUUAUGGCGAGUUAAAGGAGUUUUUGCCAAAUCUAAUAACAACGUUUCUGCAAAACAUGGUCCUUACCAAAGAAGAUAGGUCACAUGCUGUUUUUGAGGAAAAUCUUGAUGAUGUAUACACAUUGGACUUGCGGAUAUGUAGUGCUGCUGGUCUAACUGGCAUUUGCGGUGUCCUCUGGGAUGACGCUUUUCCGGUAUUCAUGUCCUUAAUAGAGGCAAAGAUGGCUCAGAUGGAUGAUAGAGCCUGGAAGGAGAGGGAAGCAGCAGUAGCUUCGAUAGGUGCUAUAGCAAAGGCGCAUGUUACCAAACCAAGAUUUUCGCAGAUUUUGGCCCUCUUGAUACCACCGCUUGACGACAAUUUUUCUCUUGUACGGUUUAGUACUUGUCGGACAAUUUCAGUCUGUGGCAAGCUCAUUAUAGAGGGCCUUGGCCAUACUACUGGAGAUGAGCAGUUCAUGGUGUUCCUCAUGGGGUUGGUCCGUAGGACAGCGGAUUCAGAUAGGAUUGUUAAGGAGGCUGCCAUUGCAGCACUUGAAUCUCUGCAAGAGGAAAUCAAGACGAAGCAACUGCAGGCCGAAGUGCAGGAUGCUCUGCAGAGCUACAUUCAGCUGCACGGGCAACAGAAGUGGGAGCAUUUGCUGUCCAACCUCGACCCAGCAGCCGUGCAAUGGUUAUCAAGGUCGUUGAGGAAAAGAGAUGGAGCGAGGAGACCACACCACAACGAGCAUAUCUACUUUUUUCACGGCCCGGGCCCCACCUCCCUGGAAGAAAGUACAUACGCAGCUUGUGCGCUGACCAAGACGCACCUGGUAAAAAUAAUAAUGUGA